AGGCAGCCUACGACGCCGCCCUGGAGCUCCUGGGUCGCCAGGAGGCAGGACUGGCACUGCCCCGGCUGGAGGAGGCCCUGCAGGAGAGCCUGGCUGAGCUGGAGAGCUGCCGGGCUGGCUGCGAGGGGUCUGAGGAGCUGCAGGGCGCGGAAGAGGAGGAGGAGGGGGCUGGCAGCCCCAGGGGGCUUUACGAGGCCAUCGCAGGGCACUGGGUGCGCGUCCUGCAGUGCCGACAGCGCUGCGUUGGGGAAACGGCCACACGUCCUGGCCGCAGCUUCCCUGUUCCUGACUUCCUUCCUGGCCAGCUGAGGUGGCUGCACGAGGCCCAUGCCCAGGUGGGAAAUCUGUCCCAGGCUGUGGAGAAUGUCCUGAGUGUCCUGCUCUUCUACCCGGAGGACGAGGCUGCCAAGGAGGCCCUGAGCCAGUACCAGGCCCAGCUGGGAGAGCCAAGACCCGGCCUGGGGCCGAGGGAGGACAUCCAGCGCUUCGUCCUUCGGUCCCUGGGGGAGAAGAGACAGCUCUACUACGCCAUGGAGCACCUGGGGACCGGCUUCAAGGACCCUGAUCCCUGGACCCCUGCCGUUCUCAUCCCUGAGGCCCUUCGAGAAGAGCUCAGAGAGGAUCACGAGAAGAGGACUUGGGACCAUGAGCCUCCACAGCCGAAGCCCUUGAUCUACUGGAAGGACGUCCUCCUCCUGGAAGGAGUGACUCUGACCCAGGAUGCCAGGCAGCUGAAUGGGUCGGAGCGGGCCGUGUUGGACGGACUGCUCACCCCAGAUGAGUGUGGGGUCCUGCUGCAGCUGGCCAAGGAUGCAGCUGGGGCUGGAGCCAGGUCUGGCUAUCGUGGCCGCCGCUCCCCUCACACCCCCCAUGAGCGCUUCGAGGGGCUCACGGUGCUCAAGGCUGCACAGCUGGCCCAGGCCGGGACCGUGGGCAGCCAGGGCGCCAGGCUGCUCCUGGAGGCAGGCGAGCGCGUGCGGGCCUUGACCCAGGCCUACUUCUCCCCGGAGCGGCCCCUGCAUCUCUCCUUCACCCACCUGGUGUGCCGGAGUGCCAUCGAAGGGGAGCAGGAGCAGCGCAUGGACCUGAGUCACCCAGUGCACGCAGACAACUGCGUCCUCGACCCGGACACGGGAGAGUGCUGGCGGGAGCCCCCAGCCUACACUUACCGGGACUACAGUGGACUCCUCUACCUCAAUGAUGACUUCCAGGGCGGGGACCUAUUCUUCACAGAGCCUGACGCUCUCACCGUCACGGCUCAGGUCCACCCUCGCUGCGGACGCCUCGUGGCCUUCAGCUCUGGUGGGGAGAAUCCCCAUGGUGUGUGGGCCGUGACCCGGGGACGGCGCUGCGCCCUGGCACUGUGGCACACGUGGGCAGCUGAGCACAGGGAACAGGCGUAG